AUGACGGAGGGGAGCUAUUCAAAUGGUUCCCAAGCCGUUACCGACAAGAUUCUGGAAGCAAUUGCAGCUGGCAUGCUCGUUGUCGUCACGGCAGGGAAUGCUCAGCUGGAUCUGGACAUAUCCCCAUUCUUCCCUUGUUCCCUCGGCCGUUCACUCACUGAUGGAAUGUUAUGUGUGGCUGCAACGUAUGGUACCAAAAUGCAGCUUAUGGACGAAAGCAAUUUUGGUUCAGCUGUCGACAUCGCCGCUCCAGGUUCCGAAACAGUUGUAACUAGUCUUAACGGGACGUAUGGCAUUGGUGAGGGCACUUCGGGUGCCGCAGCUAUCGUAGCAGGUAUAGCUGGCAUGCUCUACAGCCUAGAACCCUCUCUGAAGGUUAAGCUGACCCCCGGUUACGUCAAAAGUAUCAUCAUGAACACGACCACCGAAGAUGUCAAGGACAGUAAAGGAGAAAAGACUCUCUCCUUCGGCCGCGUGGAUGCUGCGGCGGCUGUCAAUACGAUACUUGGAAGAAAGAAGGUAUAA